AUGCCGAUUUGGGUUAGACUCCCCAACCCCCCACUUCAUUUUUGGGUGGACCAGCUCCUUGAGGAAGUGGGUGAGGCUUUGGGAGAUUUUCUUAUGGUGGAUGUGGAGUCCUCUGAUAUCCUUCAUUCUACCUAUGCACGUAUUUUGCUAGAUAUUGAUGCUUCUAAGGGGCUGCCAACAGAGAUCAAAAUUUUGACCCCCAAAGGUUUCUGGAUUCAAUCUUUGGAUUAUGAAGGGAUUCCCUUCAGAUGUAGAAGAUACUUCAAGACUGGGCAUGUCACGACUAAAUGUGAUUUAGAGAGAGUUAAAGUGAAGAAGCCCUCUUCAUGA